ACUUUCUUGGUUGCUAUUGAUGCUACCGGCAUCGUUCUUGCCGUUUCUACCAUCACGGGAGAUCUCGGAGGUAAUGCCACCGAGAGCUUCUGGGUAGGAGCCGCGUACUUGCUUUCCAUGUGCUUGGUGCAGCCUAUCGUUUCCCGGCUCUUUGAUAUAUUCAUCUUCAAAAGCCUUGUUCUGGCGUCUAUCGUGAUGCUGGGCAUUGGGUCGCUUCUCUGUGAGAGCGCAGAUGGGCUGCCGCUACUGCUAAUAGGACGCACUGUGCAGGGCCUUGGCGCUGGAGGGCUCACGACGCUCUCUUAUGCCGUCUACGACCAAAUGAAAAAUCUGAGUGGGUCCGAAUCUUCGAAUGCAGUCAAGUUUUUAGCUGCAAUAAGUUUUUUCGCCGCCGCUGGCACCAUCUGCGGUCCUUUCAUUGGCGCUGCGCUAAGCAACAACCAUCAAUGGCGCUGGAUUUUUCGUCUCAACAUACCCACGUGCAUUGUACUUGGUGUGCUUGUAUACAACUGUAGCGACGUCCCUGGCCGAGACACUUCGCCAGAACCCAAAGCCUCUGCGCGCAACAGCAGGGAUAUUCCCAAUACUGAACCUCCUACUAAGAAACUUUCAGAUAUGGUUUUUAUAGAUAUUACACUCUUUAUAAUGUCCGUUGUACCUUUGCUCGUGGGCUUGAGCUUUGCUGGUAGCCUCUAUAGAUGGAAUGAAUGGCAAGUGAUUGCACCGAUCGCCACUGGAGGCGUCUUCCUUUUGCUGCUUAUCGUCAGGGAACUGUGGUCAGCCAGCGCUUCAUUUCCGCCAGGAAGCAGACAUGUUUCCGGGGAGACUUUAGAUGGUCUGAAGUUGCUCAAAGAAAGACAAAAUAUCAUCAUUUUUGGGGGUGCUUUUUGGCUAGGAUUGCUUAUGUACGCGCUACUCUUCUUUCUUCCCAUAUACUACCGAGUUGUCAAGGAGCGGUCUGCGAUCACUACGGCUAUCUUCCUGUUGCCACAGACGCUAAUGAUGGCUCCGUGUGCCGGGGUCGUACUAGUACUUGUGCGGUGGCUCCGACUGCACCACAGCAGCACACUUUUACUCGGCUGGUUCUGUACGGCGAUUGGAAUGGGUCUGCUAGCCUUGCUCGGUGCCGAGAAGUCGGCUGCAUCAGAUGUAUCUCUGAACCUGCUCUCCGGGUUCGGCAUCGGCCUUCUUCUACCAGCCUUAGCAUAUAGCGCUCAAGAAAGCACCCGCGUGGAGAAUGCGACUAGGGUUUUCAUCUUCACACGCUACUUGGGAAGUGCCUCAGGCCUAGUCAUCGCUGGGCUUGUGUUUCAGCGCGUGUUGCGAAGCAAUCUUGGAUCGACCAAGUUCAGCAGCGAGGCUGACAACAUGACCAGAUACGCCACCAAGUUUAUGUACUCGAUCCAGCAGAUGUCGAGUCCGGAAGACAAGCAGAUCCUGACUCAUGUAACUGAGAUGUCUUUGCGCACACUAUGGCUAGUCUUGUCA